AUGAGACCCUUUCCCAAGAGACUCAAGUUCAAGCAAGCUUAUACAUCAGCAUACGGCCAAGUGCAGAAUCGGGGGGCGGCCUUCCAGCGGAAGCUGCGGCUGAAGGAGAUUCUUGAAACCGGCUCCUCGCAUCCACCCACGGCAUCUGCAUCUGAAUCAGAUGUCGAGGGCAAGGCGGCAGACGGCCUAGCGACACUUCCAACGGAAAGCGGCCCAGGCUUCAGGACGAAACAUCCUCUGAAAUGGACCAUCAAUGCGAAACUAGAAGAAGGCAAGCUAGUUGAAGACGGCAAGCCUCUCGUGUCCCCGAUUCUGGCGCGGGACGCGUGCAAAUGUGCCAAAUGCGUCGACGCUUCAGAUCACCAACGCAACUUCUCGUAUGCCGACAUCUCGCCUGACAUUUCAUUCCGAGACAUCACCCGGGUCGAGGGACGCGACGACACCAUUGUCCGCUGGCUGAACGACUGCGCGCCGCACGUGAAAGGAGACACGACGAUCCUCAGCAAAGAAACGAUCGCGAGCCUGAAGAGCGAGUUCCGCAACGCGGCACGGUGGGCGCUGUACCGCCGUCCGCAGAAGCUGUGGGACGCCGCAUCGUACCGGCGGGACACCACGCGCAUCGACUUCAACGACUACAUGACCGACCCGAAGACACUGGGCGAGACGCUACACUUGCUGUGGCGGGACGGGCUGGUGUUUAUCGACGGCGUGCCCGAAGACGAGUCCUCCGUGGCCGCCAUAGUCAACCGAAUCGGGCCUCUACAACAAACCUUCUACGGACCGACUUGGGAUGUGCGGUCAGUCCCGGACGCGAAAAACGUGGCGUACACGUCCAAACACCUGGGCUUUCACAUGGACUUACUGUACAUGCGGGAUCCGCCCGGGUUCCAGUUCCUGCACUGCGUGCACAACAGCAGCACGGGCGGCGAGUCGCGGUUCGCCGACACGUUUCGCGCGGUCGACACGCUGUUCGACGAGGACCGGAACAUGGUGCGCACGCUCAUGACGUACCCGGUGCGCUACGAGUACGACAACGACGGCUUCUUCUACUCGGACGCCAAACCCACCAUUCUCAAGCGCCAGGAGCUUCGGGUGCCUCACCGCGUCACCACCGACGCCCGCCACGUGCGCGCCAUGAAGGACGUCGGCCACGUCUUCUGGUCGCCACCCUUUGUCGGCAACAUCUCCAACCAACCCACCCACCACGAGCUGGCUCAUUUUGUCGCCAGCAGCAACGCCUUUGCCCAGAUCCUGGAACGACCGGAGAAUGUCGUCGAGGAGAAGAUGGACAGCGGCACCUGCGUCAUCUUCGACAACCUGCGCGUCGUCCACGCCCGGAACGCUUUCGACAUCAACUCCGGCAGGCGCUGGCUGCGCGGCGCUUACCUCAACCGCCAGGAUUUCAUCAGCAAGGCCGUCUCCAUGAUGCCCAAAAUGCCAGUCAUCAGAUAUAUAGAGGCCGGCGAGUUUGAAUGA